AUGUCUAGGCUAAUGGAACAACCACUUGUUGUGGGAAGAGUGAUAGGAGAAGUGGUUGACAUUUUCAGCCCAAGUGUAAGAAUGAAUGUUACAUAUUCCACUAAGCAAGUUGCUAAUGGUCAUGAGUUAAUGCCUUCUACUAUUAUGGCCAAGCCACGCGUUGAGAUUGGUGGUGAUGACAUGAGGACUGCUUAUACCUUGAUCAUGACAGACCCAGAUGCUCCAAGUCCUAGUGAUCCACAUCUGAGGGAACAUCUCCACUGGACGGUUACAGAUAUCCCUGGCACCACAGAUGUCUCUUUUGGUAAAGAGAUAGUGGGCUAUGAGAGUCCAAAACCAGUAAUAGGAAUCCACAGGUAUGUGUUCAUUUUGUUCAAGCAGAGAGGAAGACAGACAGUCAGGCCUCCUUCUUCAAGAGACCAUUUCAACACAAGGAGGUUCUCAGAAGAGAAUGGCCUUGGCCUACCAGUUGCUGUAGUUUACUUCAAUGCUCAAAGAGAGACUGCCGCAAGAAGGAGGUGAUUCCUGAAGAAGAAGAAGAAGAAGAAGAAAGGUUGCAGCAGUAAAUAAAAUUAAUUUUGUUUCAACCUUAAUCAUCUCAUAAUGAGAUUUGUUUCCUUUGGUUUUCUUAGGGUUUGGCAUGGUUGAGUAAGGAAAGAUAGGUGUGUUUGAUGAAAUCUCUUCCUCUCAUCAAUUUUUUCUUUUUCCAAUUUCUUUUGGAGUCCACAAACAAGGGAAACUGUGAGGUAGGUGGUGUUCAAAAAGUAGUAGAUAUUCUUGAUGUACUUUAUACUUCUAGCUGUUAUAGGUUAUGGGAAGUUGGGGACCAAACUAGGUGUUGUUGUGAUAGGAAUGAACAUAGCUUUUACCAAAGCUGUGUGUGGCUUUCUAGUAGGUGUGUCCGGAGUGUAAUGAUAUGUUUGAUGAUAUAUAAUUAAUGAGAAGGAGGACAUGUUAUAUGCAAACAGUUACUUUC